AUGCUGAACCUGACGGGGUGCCAUCGGGGCGCUUUCAGCAGAGUACAUCGUGCGAUGCGCCCAUUCUCUUCUAUAUCGAAAGAAUCGUACGAGUCUCAGGUGGAUGCCCUGAAUGAGAAGUUUGUAGAGGCACGGGACGAGAUUGAGUACGCCCAGGAGGAUGCAGAGACGACAUACUUCAAUGAGAGCGCCGAGACUGCAAGGACCGCAGUGAAUGAAGUGCUGAAGGCAUACACGGAGCUGGGCGAGUCCCUGGCGGAGGACCAGCGGGGCAAGCUGCAGCGGUCCAUGGGGUUGAAGAUGGAGCAGCUGAAGGCAGAGAUCGCACAGCUGGACCACCUGCACGCCUAG